CUACUAUACCAGUCAAUUGUACACAUGGAGAGAGCAUAUUCUUUCUUUCUUUCUACAGUAGUCUUGCAACUCUACUUCUUAGAGACAUGCAUUAGCAAAAACAUAACCACAGAUCAAUCAGCUCUUCUUGUCUUCAAAGACGGCUUUACUCUAAACUCUUCUCAUCCCUUAACCCGAAAUUGGUCUUCUCAAGCUUCAGCUUGCCAUUGGAUUGGAGUCACUUGCGGCUCUCGCCACCGUAGGGUGAGAGCACUAAAUAUUUCGGACAUGGGCAUUCUUGGAACCAUUCCACCACACUUGGGAAACCUCUCAUUUCUUGUUUCUCUCGAUGUGAGCAAAAAUCAUCUAUAUGGUGUUAUACCCAGAGAGAUGGGGAAUCUUCACAAAUUGGAGAAACUAAUUAUGUAUUCUAAUAAGUUAAGCGGUUACAUACAAGAAGAGCUCUUCAAUAUCUCUACGCUAAGAGAGAUGGAUCUUUCUUCGAAUAACCUUUCAGGUAGUCUUCCAUCUGCUCCAGACUACUGGCGAACAAAUGUACAGUUGUUGAAUCUUCGUGCAAACAACAUAGGUGGAGUCAUACCCAGCUCAAUUUCCAAUUCCUCAAAUCUAAAGGAAUUAUAUCUUCAUGAAAACAAAUUGAGUGGCCAAAUUCCGAACUCGUUGGGGGACUUGAGACAGCUUGAGCAUUUGUAUUUGUUGUACAAUAAUUUAACAGGUAAUUCUCAAGCAAAAUGUUUUUGUUUGAUAAUCCAGGCUAGUCUUGCAUCAUCUAUGGAAGUUCUUGAUUAUCGAUUGCACUAUUAUCUAUAUAUAUUGAUGCAGCGCUGAUACAUUUGAGCAAUCAAAUAAACUUAUUAAGUCCAUAUAUACUCUUUCUUAGCGGUUGCAUAGAAGUUAGAGUAAAAUUAAAGGUUAACUACACUAAUACCCAGGUAAUAUGAUUCAAUUUCGUAUAUAUUUAAAAUUAAA